AUGAACUGGGGGAUCUUCGAGUCGCUCCUAAGUGGGGUCAACAAGUACUCCACGGCCUUCGGGCGCAUCUGGCUGUCCCUGGUCUUCAUCUUCCGGGUGCUGGUGUACUUGGUGACAGCUGAGCGUGUGUGGAGUGACGACCACAAGGAUUUCGACUGCAACACCCGCCAGCCGGGCUGCUCCAACGUCUGCUUCGACGAGUUCUUCCCCGUGUCCCACGUGCGCCUCUGGGCCCUGCAGCUCAUCCUGGUCACGUGCCCCUCACUGCUGGUGGUCAUGCACGUGGCCUACCGGGAGGCGCGGGAGAAGAAGCACCGGGAGGCAGUGGGGGAGGACGGCGGGCGCCUCUACCCGAACCCCGGCAAGAAGCGGGGUGGGCUCUGGUGGACGUAUGUCUUCAGCCUGAUGUUCAAGGCCGGCAUCGACAUCACCUUCCUCUACGUGUUCCACUCGUUCUACCCCAGAUACACCCUGCCCCCUGUGGUCAAGUGCCACGCGGCCCCGUGUCCCAACAUCGUGGACUGCUUCAUCUCCAAGCCCUCGGAGAAGAACAUCUUCACCCUCUUCAUGGUCAUCACGGCCGCUGUGUGCAUCCUGCUUAACCUCAUGGAGCUGGCCUACCUGGUGAGCAAGAGGUGCCGGGAGUGCAUGGCUGCGAGAAGAGCCAGGACGGCCGGCGCCUCUCCCUGCAAACAGCAGGACCUCCUGUCCGGGGACCUCAUCUUCCUGGGCUCAGACGCUCCCCCUCCUCUCUUACCAGAUCUCGCUCGGGACUAUGUGAAGAAAACCAUCCUGUGA